AUGGAGGAAUUACAAAAAUCACUCCAGGAUUUCGGGGUUGCUACAGAAGCAUUUCAAACCAGUUUAGGAGCAACAAGGUUACCAUGCGGCCAUCACUCUUCCCUGAAUGCAGAAUUCAUUUCAUUCCGCUCUUCAGUCAUUACCUGUCUUGAAAACCUACAGCCCAGUUGGAAAGCUUUUCAAAAUGCAGGAGAAAGAGAUGAGAGAUAG